CCUGGAAGCAUUAUUAUUCUUUAGUAAAAAAAAUGGAUCUUUUUCACACAUCAACCUCUCUAUCUUUCCUACCGGUGUUCUCAGCUAAUAAGAUAGUUCACUGGACAUGGUGCCUUUUAGUCGUCAAUGGUUCCUUCUGUGCUUUGUGUUCGAUGCCCUUAGGAGCGCGACGUCUUUUUCGGACUCAUGGGCGACGACAAACCCAUCRUUAAACCACCCCACCGUUGUCUUGCGAAGAAAUUCGGAACUUCGGUGUCAACGCCAGCGGUUGAACGGUGACCGUUCGGGACUCCCUGCGUCAAACCCSCUUUCUCGGCGGGGGCUGCUGGGGCUGCUAUCUGUGGUGGCCACAUCGAGGGCUUGUUCUUCUGCCGCCUCCGAAGUGGAUCCGUUUGCUGCGAUGGACGACAUGAUUUCCUCUGGCKCGGCCAGCGGAUUUUCGUCGUCGCUCGGAACGCCCGCCGCUCAAACCACCACGGGACGAGGGACCAAAGACGGCACUGCAGUCGAUGCUGCACCGAGUGGCACUCCGCCUGGGACACCGAACUCYGACAUGGCGGCCGCCCUGCAGGAAUCGGCGAAAAAACGCAGAAUAGACCCCAGAACCCAUGGGUGAACAACUUUCAUCUCAUCGUCGCUGUUGGUUGGAUGUUGCGAGAUUCAAGCCAGAUCUUGUCCGGAGAACGGGAAAUUUGGUGCUUCUUCUUUUGUCCCAAAUGUCAAGCGACAAUUUUGUUUUUUCACAACCAGGAAGACAAAGUGCAAGAACAACAAGAAUCUGGAAAAUAGGAGCAUUGUUGGRCUGCUGGUGAACGAGGAGAAGGAUACGACUAUUGCUGGCCUUCUUUCUUGCUAUCAUUGAAACAAUAGUAAUUUAACACUGGUGUUGGUGAUCUCUGAUGUACCUCUUACUACUUGUAGUAGCGAAAGUACUUCAGAAAAGUAGCUAUACUAGUAGUACUGGUAAUGCUGGUGGUGGUGCUCCUCUAACGCCUCAAUUCCUCUUGUCCCCUGGUGAAGUACUCAGUUUGGUUUGGCACAACACUAAAAACUUUGGAAAAAGAAAACCACAAAUUUAGUAAGGCAAAUACUAAGUACUGUACCUGCCUUCCACAUGAAAGAAAUGUUUGUACUAUUUCCCUCAUUCUUUCUGCCAUUUUUAUAAGUCUUACUACUACCAGUACUAGUACUAGUACUAGUACUAGUACUAGUAGUAUUGAAAGGAAACACCAACACCAGUGUACCUGAUGGUAGUGCUAGUAGUACUAGUAGUAGUAGUACAAGCAGUAAAGAGGAGGGCUGGCGGAGUCUAUCACUAGUACUAAGAUUAGGAGGGCGGCAGGACGAGGGGGAGCAGCAGGACAAUGAAGGAACAACAAGAACACCACCAACAAAAAGCAUGAUGAUCAAACAAAAAAGAAGAUAUAAUAGCACUACUACUACUACUACUACUACUACUACUAUCAUGGAACUUAUGUUCAUUUUCCAACAGUAAAAUAGUACCACAAAUAUCAAUUUAAUAUCCAACAAAAUGGUAUAUUCAGAAUCAGCAUAAAAAAAUGGAUUAAACUGGCUACUCAAAA